GUCGGUGUACAUGGAGAUGCCGGCCAGCCCCUACCUGAGCCCCACGCAGAAGGACGAGUACGGACUGGCUCCCUACCUAGACCUGCUCAACCACAGUGAGACUGCUCAGGUGGAAGCUGGAUUCAACGCUUUGUCGGGAUGCUACGAGAUUCGCACGCUGACUCCUUACCAUCGCCACGAGCAACCGCUGAUCUGCUACGGUGCACACGACAACCGCACUCUGCUUCUCGAGUAUGGCUUCACGCUUCCCCGGAACCCGCACGGGGUCGUGCUGUUCACCCUCG